GCUUUCAGCUAGAGGCGAAAGGCUGGUAGCUAUGGCUUCAAAAAAGCUCAACUAUGUCAUUUAUGGUACUGUAGUCACAUCAAUACUCGCUACACUAGGUAUUAGUAUAGGGAAUUUAGUGGAGACUCUCAAGAAGAAAGAUGAGGGACCGUCACCUUCACCGUUACCUCCCAAAGGCAAUCCUCUAAACCUGCAAUCGCCAAAACAGAUCGAAUCUGGUGCUUUAAAAUAUGAAGCAUACAAGGAUGUAGUGAAACAUUUCAAAUCGAUCAUAGACACAAAAGUCAACCCUUGUGAAGAUUUUUAUCAGUACACAUGUGGAAACCUGCAAGGAGACAUGAGUUUUGUAAACUCUGAUUACGACAACCUGCACAAUAUGAUCGAGCAGUUCAAAAAUAGGAGCUACAUAGACAAAGCGCCUGAACCAGUGAUGAUGAUGUCAAGAUAUUAUGAGAAAUGUGUGGUUGCACGCACAAACUGGAAUGAACUAACCAAGGAUGCUAAGGUAGUGAUGGACGCUAUCAAGCGCCUUGCAGGAGGAAAUGGCGACUUCCCAGACACAAAGUUCCCUUUCUACAUGCUUUAUCAGGAUGCACAAGAAAGCGAAGCUCUCACGCCAAAUGGACUUGCGUUCUUACUAGGUAACACAAUCGGAAUGGACAGUGUCGCAAGCCUCGUUCAAGCUAUGAUCGAAAUCAAUUGGAAAGAUCAUACUGGCGAGGAUGGAAAUAAGUUCUUCUUGGAUCAGCCCGAUACUCUGAUACCAUAUAAGUAUCAUAUCAGGGCAUGGGAUACGGCUAAGCAGAGUAUGAUGGAGACCCUCAAAAGUAUCAUGAAUCGCGUCGCCACCGCACAAGGAAUAACUUUGCGUGAAGAAAAAUUAAACUCUGAUCUCAACGAAGUCUUGGAAUUUGACCACGUUUUGGCUACAAAAUACAGCACUGACGAUAAGACACGUCGUAAUUUCGAGAGAAGCUUCAACACAAUGACGCUCCAAGAACUUCAAGAGAGAUAUAAUAAGAUAAACUGGGAGCUUUUUAUCUCGGAGGUCACUCAACUUGCGCCGGAUGCAAGAGAAAAACUACUUGCUAGUGGCAGUUAUCGCUACGUCGUAUCUGAACCGGGGGUAUUUCAACUACUCAAUGAUGAACUCUAUCAAACUGGAGAAUCUGCUACGCGUACUCUGGUUAAUUACGUAUACAUUAAAAUGGUCAAAGCCUAUAGCGACUACUUACCUUCAACAACAGUAACGGAUACAUUAGAAUCUGAACCAUUGCGUUUGGGCAGACCGCGACAUAUAAGAAAAGAAACGAAACACUUCAAACGCAUGCAAAUCAGCGAAAUCGAACAAGCAGAAAUGAGCUGUGCUGAAGAAACUAUGGGGAGCAUGCCGUAUGCUAAUGGACGUCUGUUUAUUGACAAAAUUUAUCCUACUGAGCAAUCUCGAAAAGAAUUGCAUGAAAAAGUUGGAGAAAUGUAUUCGGGCAUUUUUGUUGGUUUCCGUUCCAUGAUCAAUCAACUCAAGUGGAUGUCUACUGCUUCGAAGGCUGCUGCUUUCAAAAAAAUUGAUUCUCUUGUAAAAAACAUUGGCUACCCAGAUUGGAUUACCGAUGACGAGCAGCUGACGUCAGCCCACAAAGAUCUCAGCCUAAAUGAAGACAAUGAUUACUUCCAAAUGGUGAAGAAUAUUAAAAAAUGGCAAAUCAAAGAAACAUGGAACUCAUUGUUUAAUGUGUCUGUGAAUAGAAUAAAUUUCAAUGGACCUCCCGGAACGACCAAUGCAUGGUACCAGCCUCAACUCAACUCCAUCACUUUGCCUGCUGCAAUUCUUCACAGCCCAUUCUACAACCCCUCCUGGCCCGCGGCUCUUAACUUCGGAGGGCUAGGAGUUAUUGUGGGACACGAGCUUACUCAUGGAUUUGACGAUGAAGGCGUUCAAUGGGAUGGAACUGGGCUUUUGGCGGGGUGGAUGGACAACUCCUCUAUAACCGGUUUCCGCGAAAUGGCCGAUUGCGUGGUAGAUCAGUUCAACCAUUUCUGUCCUUUGAACGAGACGACCGUUGGACGUAAAGUAUGUGUAGAUGGAGCAAUGACGCAGGGUGAAAACAUCGCAGAUAGUGGAGGUAUCCAGUCAUCUUAUCGUGCUUUCCGUAAUUAUGUCAAUUUGAAUGGUCCGGAUCCACAACUUCCUGAUGAUGAGCUGCAAGAGUUUAGCCAAGACCAACUCUUCUUUUUGGGCUUCUCUCAGGUGUGGUGUCGAAAGCCGCUCGAUGCAUCAAAACUGUUGAAUCAACUUCUUACAGACGUGCAUUCUCCAGCAGAAUAUCGCGUAUUCGGUACUAUGCAGAACUUUCCAGCUUUCAAAGAAGCAUUCCAUUGUCCUACGACUGCUUAUGCGCCCGAAAAACAUUGCGAUGUCUGGGUGUCAGAGAUGGAUUCAUCCUACGGCAAGCCUGACGUGAAAAAUGAAGUAAAUGUAAGACCAAACGAGAGAAUCACUCCGACAAAAGCAGAGGAAUAUGAUGCUUACAAGAUUGCGAUCGACUUUUAUCAGGAAUCCGUGAACGCUUCAGCAGAUCCAUGCGAAGAUUUCUUCCAGUACGCUUGCGGAAAAUAUGACAAAGCUGUGUCCUUUGGUUUAGCCAGGGCAAAAAUUCUUGUGCACAUCGGCGACAAACUGUACGAUCCUGACUACAGUGGUAAAAUUCAGGAAUCCGAAGCUCUCAAAAAAGCUAAAAUGUUUACGGACGCAUGCGUUAAAGCUACUUGGAAUACAAGCACAAGUGAAGAAAUAUUAGUCACCAAGAAUUAUCUCAAACCAAGGGUCGAACAACUGAAAAAUCAUCUUGGGUCAGACUUUACCUUACUUUACGGUGGAGAAGUAAGCACACUACCAAAUCCUGAGCAACUUGCAAAAGCGUUGGGUUACCUAACAUUUAAUCAGGGCAUCGAUACACUCGUAACACCAAUGGUCGAUACAAACUGGCCCGAACCGACCAGCGGCUACUACAUGUUCCUCGAUCAGAAUACUGCAUAUAUGGGCAAAACCUAUUAUGAUAAAGACGCUUUCAAAACAAUUAAGGAAAACUACAUUAAUACCGCAACAGCCGUUGUUACUCGAUUUGCGAAAGCUCAGGGAAUUUCUAAAGAUCCAAAUGCGCUUAAGCAAGGAAUAAGAAGUCUCAUUGAAUUUGAACAGCAGAUUGUUCUUGACUACAGCACUAGUGAUGAGAUCCGUCGAGGAUUCAAAAGAUCGUGGAAUCCAAAAAGCAUUGCUGAACUUGCUGCCUAUAAGUUUGUCGACUGGAAGACCUAUCUCGAACAGGUACCCGACGUUGCACAUGAGAUAAUUAAAGGGGAAGGUUUCAAAGUUUCUGUUAUGGAGCCAGAAAUGUACAAAAAAUUCAGCGAUGAAUAUAGUAACCUGGAUAAGACUAAACUUGUGAACUACCUAUUCAUGAGACUAAUUUUGUCAAAUGCGCAAUACCUGCCAUCAUAUGCUGAUGAUUUCAAAGGAAUGCCUGAGGAGGCAUUGGUACUGGGAAGGAGGCGACCAUAUCCACUACCAUAUUUCUUCAAAAGAAGCGGUGAAAAACCGGAAAAUGUGGCAAGUUGCGUAGGAGUAGCCAAUCAACUCAUGCAGUAUGCUGUUGGCCGAGUCUACAUUGACUACGAAUAUCCUAACGAAGCAAAGAAAAACCUUACAAGAGAAAAAGUUGGAGGAAUGAUGCAGAAUGUAAUCUAUGCGUUCCAAGGCAUGGUCAACUCGCUUGAUUGGAUGUCGCCUCAGACGAAACAGAAGGCCUACGAAAAGACUUUGGGCAUAGUACAAAAUAUUGCGUUCCCCGACUGGAUCAUGGAUAAUGCUAAACUUGACGACUACUAUUCGAAACUCAAUCUUGCAAAUUCGGACAAUUACUAUGAGAUGUGGGCCGAACUCAUAAAAUUCAAUAUUCACCUGCAAUACAAGCAGCUAACCCUCGAAAAAGCUGAUCGACACGAUUUCCUAAGUCAGCCUGGGACAGUGAAUGCGUGGUAUAGUCCUGAACUGAACUCGAUAACUUUUCCGGCUGGAAUUCUUCAGCCACCGUAUUUCCAUCCCUACUGGCCUACAUCCAUCAAUUAUGGAGCUUUAGGGGUUGUAGCAGGCCACGAACUUACGCACGGAUUUGAUGAUCAGGGUGUGCAAUGGGAUUCUCAAGGAUCUCUGUACUUGAAUGGUUGCCCCACUUGUCUCGGUUGGAUGGACAUGGGUUCAACGAUGGGCUUCGCUGGAAUGGCUGAAUGCGUGAUAAAUGAAUAUGGAGAUUUUUGUCCUUUGGACCCAAACAAGUACACUCCGAAUUGCUUGAACGGUCAGCUCACACAAGGAGAAAACAUCGCUGAUAACGGAGGCAUACAUGCUGCAUACCGAGCGUAUCGUGAUUACAUGGAAUUGAAUGGUCCGGAACCACUGCUGCCCGAUCGUUUUUAUGAGCAGUUCACACACGAUCAGCUCUUCUUCCUCGGUUUUGCUCAAGUAUGGUGCGAGAAAAGACGAACCGAUGAUUUGCUCUAUCAACAGCUGAUGGUCGAUGUACAUUCACCAGCGAUGUAUAGAGUAUUCGGCACACUUCAAAACUUCCCAGCAUUCAGAGUGGCUUUCAACUGCCCAGCAAAAUGCCGAUAUGCGCCAAAAAAUCAUUGCAAUGUAUGGGUACCUAAUAAGGCACAUUAAUGCAUUUAUUCUUUGAUCAAAGUUAGGUCUGAUAGAAAACGUUUUAAAAGGAUAGUUAUUCUCUCACACUUCUGUUUCAUAAUUCGUGAGCCGUACACAUCAACAAUAAAGUCGUAUACCAUAGAAUCUUUGAAAUUGACCUUGAGAUAUAACUGUAAGGCAAGGG